AUGGGACUACAGGCUGCCUUUAUUUCCCUACACUUUAUCUGUUUUUUUUUGAACAUACCACCACUGGUAUGGCACAUAAAAUCCAAAAACAUUCCCGCAAUCACAUUACUUGCCUACGUGCAAUUAAUGAUGAUUAAUGGUUUUGUAGGUGCUAUUAUUUGGGGAGGAAAGAAUUAUGCAUAUGCAUGGAAUGGUGAAGGAUGGUGCGAUAUUAUGAUCAGACUUCAACUGGCAAUAUCAGUUGGCAUUUCCUCCUCAAUUACAUGUGUGAGUUUGAACUUAUUGGUUAUAUUUCUAACAAAUUCUGCUACAACUUUUUGGUUCAGUAAUAAGUGGGUUAAACCAUCUGUAGAAAUAUUCUGUUCAAUUAUUUUUCCUUUUAUCGUGUCGGGAGCUACUUACUUUGCACAAACAACUAGGUACAUAAUUAAUCAAUAUUCAGGCUGUUCACCGGCAUUAGCAAAUUAUGGUGUUUCGAUUGUUACGUUUUAUUUAUGGAUAUUUUUGUGGAGUUUCCUCGGAACAGUUGUCUCCGGUACUACUUUAGUUUUGUUCUUCAAGAAAAGAAAAGCUGCCAAGGAAAUUCUUGUUUGCACAAAUUCAGGUCUAUCUGUUAAGAAAUUUGUUAGAUUAUUAGCUUAUUGUGUUAUGGUCAUUACCACAUCGAUAGUUUUCUCUGUUAUUCUAGGCUCAAAUAUCAAUGUCGAAAAAGGGAGUUUUUAUGAUAAGGACAAAAUCCAUCCCAAAACAUGGGGCUACGUUUUUAAAUUACAACACAUCUCCUCAACAGACAUCAAUAAAUGGGUUUUGAUUACUAUCUCCUUUAUCAGUUUUUUUUUGUUUGGCAUUGGACAAGAAGCAAAAAGCAUGUAUUUGUCCUUUUUGGAGGUGACUUCAGGAGGAAGGUACCUUAUAAAAUGUUGUGGAUGGGUAGGUCGUCAUGCUGACAAGAUUAUUGGCAACAGUUUACUCUACAAUAGAAGUAUCUAUUUUCAUGCCUUUUGUAAUUCGGAUGUGUUUGAUAAUGAUACAGAUGAUGAUGAUUAUACUUUGAAGACCCAGAAAGUAGUUUCUGAUAUUGAAUCAUUGAAACCGGGUUAUAAUAAUGAAAAUAUAGGCAACAGGAGACAAUUCUACAGCUCAUUUAAUCACGGCCUAAUGGGUAUAAGCGACGAUUUCAGGGUUGAUGAAAAUGCGAGGGAAAUCGUACAAGACUUUGAACAUAGUAUUCACACACCAGUAACUCCUUGUACUCUGGAGGGAGGAGAUAGCCUCUAUAACGAGGAAAGUUUUAUGAUUGAGCUGCAAGAUGCUGCCAAAGCGGUGGAAAGAGAAACACAGAGCCGCUUGAGUACUCAAGAGAUUGACGAGAUGAAAUAUUUAUACUAUUAG